UGGCCACAUAGUUUCCGGUUUACAGCGGUGACAUCGGUGUAUCGCGCACGUGUACAGCUUGAUAUUUCUAAAUUUUAUGUUUGGUCAACUAGACUAGUUACAUAUAGAAUAAGUGUUGCAUUUAAUGUUUCUAGUGAAGUAAAUCUAUUAAUAUAGAAAAUCUUUAGGAAUAAAAGAAAAUGGUGGGAUCCAGGGUGUAUGUUGGUGGUCUGCCCUUUGGUGUCAGAGACAGGGAUCUGGAGAAAUUCUUCAAAGGCUUCGGCAGGAUCAGAGAUAUCCUUAUCAAAAAUGGCUAUGGUUUUGUUGAAUUUGAAGACUACAGGGAUGCAGAUGAUGCAGUUUACGAGCUAAAUGGAAAAGAACUUUUAGGAGAAAGGGUGUCUGUGGAGCGCGCCCGGGGCAUGCCGCGCGGCUCCGACCGCUGGCGGUGCCGCGACCAGCCGCCGCCGUCUAGACGAGCGCCGCCCAGAAGAGACGCCGCUGGGACUAAAAGCAGUGACUACAACUAUAGAUAUGGACCGCCAACGCGCACCGAGUAUCGACUUAUCGUCGAAAAUCUGUCUAGCCGCAUUAGCUGGCAGGACCUGAAAGAUUACAUGCGUCAGGCUGGGGAAGUGACCUAUGCCGACGCACAUAAGCAACACAGGAAUGAAGGCGUGGUAGAAUUCGCUACGCACUCUGACAUGCGCGCCGCGAUCGAGAAAUUGGACGGCACCGAGCUGAACGGGCGCCGCAUCAAGCUGGUGGAGAACCGCCGCUCGUCGCGCCGCCGCAGUCGCUCGUCGUCCAGUCGCAGUCGCAGCCGGUCGCGCGACCGUCGCCGCAGCAGGUCUAGGUCGCGUCACUCGUCACGAAGCAGGUCGCGGUCCAAGUCCCGUCCGAAGAGCAAGAGUCCCGCCGCCAAGUCCCGCUCGAGAUCGCGCUCCAAGGACCGCAGUCGCUCCAAAUCCCGAUCACGAUCCGCCUCGCGUAGAUCAGACCGCCGCUCGGAAUCACGCAAGUCGACGGACAGGAACGGGCGCGGCUCGAGGUCUAAAUCCAGAUCGCCAAAAGCAGAAUCCAAGGAGAGAUCUCGCUCUCGCAGCAAGGAGGCGUCCCCGAAACGUGACGAGGAACGUCGCGCCAGCAAGUCCCGCUCCCGAUCGCGUUCCCGCGACCGCUCCGCGUCCCGCGACCGCUCCGCCUCCCGCUCCCGCUCCCGCUCGGCGUCCCCCCGCCAAAACGGGAACGGCCAGGACCGCGGCAGCACUGAUCGCUCCCCACGUAGUGGAGAUUAAAAUUUAUAGAAUAAGACACUCUUUAGGAUUAAUAUCAAGUUUUGAUUCAUUGACUUCGAUUUUAAGGUUCUCUUGGGAACUUGCAAGGCUUGUGCAUUUUUUUUAUUUUGUAAUUAGGCUGCAAUAUGCCUAGUGCCCUUUAAGUUCUCUUGUCGAAGUCAAAAGUGUAAUUGAUUGCACCGUACGACAUGUCAUUGAUAUCAGUACUUUUUUUAUUCAUAGGCAUUAGAUUGUCACUUGCCACCAUUUCAAUUCCAUGUUUGAAAUAUAAGUAAUUCCUAUGAUUGAAUUUAUUUACUACAAGAAAUUUCAUUCACUACUUUUGUAUAAAUUUUGUAAUAAUAAUAACACAUCAGUCAUACUUUUAAAGAUCAAUUUGGUUAUUAGACUUGAUUACACUUUGAUUUCGUAAGUACUACCUACAUUAUGAAAGGUGAAAUAUUUCGUUGUGACAACCCUAUGCAUUAGGUAAGAGCUAUGUAUUUGUAAAUACAGAUUUUUGUUACUAUUAACCAAAUAAAUAUUAAUGAUAGAUUUAA